CGAGCUGGAGGCGGGGCGGAUAGGCUAGAAGCUCGCACCGGGCUGAGGCGGACCUCGGCCCGCCCCGCUCCGGGCCCUGCGCCCUCGCCGCCCCCCGCCCCGCCCCCCGCCCAGGUGGCGAGAGGCCGUCCUCGCUGAGGCGGCCGGGAGGACGCGAGCGCGGGCGGCGAGGGAGCGGCCCUGACGCCGUGUCUUUCGCCGCCGCCUCCUCGCCUCGCGCCGCCGUGCGAUUCUUUCUUCUUUUUCCUUUGUCUUCACCCCCUUCGCGGGUGUGGGAAUUGCUGUGGACCGCGGUGCAGCCUCAAGAUGGCCGAUGGCUACGAAGACCUGCGGGAGGACGACCUCCCGGGGCCGGCCUACGAGGGCUACGAGUCCUCGGAGCUUGCCUGCCCCGCCGAGCGCAGCGGCCACGUAGCCGUCAGCGACGGGCGCCACAUGUUCGUCUGGGGCGGCUACAAGAGUAAUCAAGUUAGAGGAUUAUAUGACUUCUAUCUGCCGAGAGAAGAACUGUGGAUCUACAACAUGGAAACUGGAAGAUGGAAAAAAAUUAACACUGAAGGUGAUGUUCCUCCUUCUAUGUCAGGAAGCUGUGCUGUGUGUGUAGAUAGGGUGCUGUAUUUGUUUGGAGGACACCAUUCAAGAGGCAAUACGAAUAAGUUCUACAUGCUGGAUUCAAGGUCUACAGACAGAGUGCUACAAUGGGAGAGAAUUGACUGCCAAGGAAUUCCUCCAUCAUCAAAGGACAAGCUUGGUGUCUGGGUAUAUAAAAACAAGUUAAUAUUUUUUGGAGGGUAUGGAUAUUUACCUGAGGACAAAGUUUUGGGAACUUUUGAAUUUGAUGAAUCGUCUUUUUGGAAUUCAAGUCAUCCGAGAGGAUGGAAUGAUCAUGUACAUAUUUUAGACACUGAAACAUUUAUCUGGAGCCAGCCUGUAACUACUGGUAAAGCACCUUCACCUCGUGCUGCCCAUGCCUGUGCAACUGUUGGAAACAAAGGCUUCAUGUUUGGAGGCAGAUAUCGAGAUGCCAGAAUGAAUGAUCUUCACUAUCUUAAUCUGGAUACAUGGGAGUGGAAUGAAUUAAUUCCACAAGGCAUAUGCCCAGUUGGCCGAUCUUGGCACUCACUAACACCAGUUUCUUCAGAUCAUCUCUUUCUCUUUGGAGGAUUCACCACUGAUAAACAGCCACUAAGUGAUGCCUGGACUUACUGCAUCAGUAAAAAUGAAUGGAUACGAUUUAAUCAUCCCUAUGCUGAAAAACCAAGAUUAUGGCAUACAGCUUGUGCCAGUGAUGAAGGAGAAGUAAUUGUUUUUGGUGGGUGUGCCAAUAACCUCCUUGUCCAUCACAGAGCUGCACACAGUAAUGAAAUACUUAUAUUUUCAGUUCAACCAAAAUCUCUUGUAAGCAAGCUGCAAAGAGAAAUGAAACAUGUAACAAAUCAUAUUUGAAACAUAAAACUUCACACAAUUUAAAGCUGUAAGCGGAAGCAGAGCCUGAGAAAAAAAGCGAAUCUUCGACUUUAAAGAUCGGGACUCGACGAAAGGGAUCAGAUUCUGAAGGACAUCAGGCAUUCAGCCCAAAUCUUAAGUGUAACCAUUUAAGAACAGAAGUGGUGGCCGCCUCUCUUGCUCCCUCAUCGUCGGAGACAGCCUACACUGUCUAUGGAGUGUGUAUCUACCUUUACUUUAACCUGAGCACCCAACCCCCACACCUCCUAUCCUUUCUCUCUCCUGAAACAGCCUACA